AUGUGGAGUAAAUUUGUGGAUGACGCUAAAUGCCUUCCCUGCCUUUCGCAUCUUGUUAUUCAGGUUACAGCGUACAGCUACCCGAGCACAGGCGGCCCUACCACCCCGCAGCGCCAGGUGGCGCUCUUCUGUUGCCAUCGCCGCUCUGCUCUCUGCUCUCUCCCCACUUCCGUCAGGCCCCGGAAGCGGCAGAUGAACGGCGCGAUGGCGUCGGAGGGAAUGGCGCCGGCAGAGCUAGAAGCGGAGGGUGGUACUGACGUGGAGCCGGAGAGCGGCUUUGGGCAGCUGCUGGAGGAAGAAGAGGAGGAUGGAGGUUACGUGCUGUACAGGGACAGGAAAGAAUGGGCAGACAUUGAACCCGUUCCUCAAAAUGACGGUCCAAAUCCUGUGGUUCAGAUCAUCUAUAGUGAAAAAUUUCGAGAUGUCUAUGAUUACUUCCGAGCUGUUCUACAGAAGGAUGAGAGAAGUGAAAGAGCUUUUAAGCUAACAGCAGAUGCCAUUGAAUUAAAUGCUGCGAACUAUACAGUUUGGCACUUCCGGAGGGUCCUCCUGCAGUCCUUGGGAAAGGAUCUCUAUGAGGAGCUUAAAUAUAUUACAGCAAUAAUUGAAGAUCAACCAAAGAACUACCAAGUCUGGCAUCACAGACGAGUGUUGGUGGAGUGGCUGCAGGAUCCAUCCCAAGAGCUUGAGUUCAUAGCUGACAUUCUUAACCAGGAUGCCAAAAAUUACCAUGCUUGGCAACACAGGCAGUGGGUUAUUCAGGAGUUCAAGUUGUGGGACAGUGAACUGGAAUAUGUAGACCAGCUUCUAAGGGAAGAUGUGAGAAAUAACUCUGUUUGGAACCAAAGAUAUUUUGUAAUUUUCAACACCACCGGCUAUGAUGAUCCAGCAGUUCUAGACAGAGAAGUCCAAUACACUCUUGAAAUGAUCACAGCUGUACCACAUAAUGAGAGUGCUUGGAAUUAUUUAAAAGGGAUUCUGCAGGAUCGUGGUCUUUCUAAGUAUCCAAAUCUGCUAGAGCAACUGUUGAAUUUACAGCCCAGCCACAGCUCACCUUAUCUGAUUGCCUUUCUUGUGGACAUAUAUGAAGAUAUGCUUGAAAACCAGUGUGAAAACAAGGAAGAAACGUUAAAUAAGGCAUUAGAGCUGUGUGAAAUCCUGGCUAAAGAAAAAGACACUAUCCGAAAGGAAUACUGGAGAUACAUUGGGAGGUCCCUUAAGAACAAGCACAGCUCCAACACUGAACAGAGCACAGUGACAGACAAACAGCAAUAACUGAACUUGGAAGAAAUAAUGUUAAGCUCUCAAGCUGUUGUAGAAGAGUACUCAGUAGGGGACAUCAGCUGUUGUAAAAUGCGUCGUAGAAUUCUCCUGGUGAAAGAGGUAUUGCUGCAAUAAAAGAGGACUGCAUAGUGCUGCAUAGUUUCUUGAGUUGCCUCUGCUACUGGCAAUAGCUCUAGAUCUGGCAAAAAUGAAUUAGAGCAUAAUAAUUUAAAUGUACCAACUAGAGGAUUUAUUUCCUAACAACAAAUACAUAAAGCUAUACUUGCUAUUUAUAAAGCACUAAACCGAUUUCUUACACCUACUUUUAUCUACUUGUUGUUUCUAAUAGUCAUGUCAGAUGCUGCAGAAAUGACUGCAAUUAAUUCUAUACAUAGGGGAUAUAAAGUAACCUACUUCAGAUUAGUACAAGUAGGUGCUGAAGCUGUUUAGGUGAGAGCAGCUAUGCAACACUGGCAGCAUGUACUGUUGUAUGUAAUUAAUGCCAACUGUCAUUUUGUAAUAAAAACAGUUAAAGCAUUUA